GAAUAUGUUAAUGCACAAAACAAUUUAGCUUUUUGUUAUCAAAAUGGAAUUGGAAUUGAAAAAAAUGAAGUUAAAGCUUUUGAAUUAUAUAAUAUAGCAGCUAAAAAAGAAUUUGUUGAGGCAUAA